AUGUUUAGUCUCCGCCCAUCUAGGGCCUCAGUUCACUUAAGUACAGUGAGACAACAGAUUUCAACAGAAACACCGACAGACAGCAGUGAAAACAUUAUCUCUGUCAUUUAACUCGAUGAAAUAUUAAUAAUUAAUUAAACACGUCAUUGUCCACAAUCAAACUACUGAAGACUCGUCACAGAUUAGACGUGUUUGCCAUAGCCUCUCUGAGUUAAGUCGACUCACUAAUAAUUUCAAUGGAGGAGCUUCAUAUCCAUUGCCUGAAAUGUGUCAACCGCCGAUGUAUGACAAGACCGGAGGCCAGCAUUUCCUGUGACCUCAUGGGUUGCCCUCUUGUGUGUGGGGCGGUUUUCCACUCAUGCAAACUGAAUGAACACCGCUUACUGUGUCCGUAUGAAAGAGUCCCGUGUCUGAACUGUGGAUUCGGAUGUCCAUUUACCCUUGCCAGGGUCAAAAUGGCACAGCACCUUGAAACAUGCCCAGCCAGUGUUGUGUGUUGCACUAUGGAAUGGAAUCGAUGGCCAGUGAGUUACACAGAUCACAAGUCCUAUGAGAACUUGAGUAAGGAGGUUUUUGAUGUGGAGCAGCUUGACGUAGCUUUGGCCCUCCAGGAUCAGCGAAUGUUGCUGGAGUCACUUAAAGUGGUGACCACCGUGACAAAAGCUCUGGAAGAGCAAAAUCAGGACAAUUCCAGUCCCCAGGACCCUGAAAAUGAAUUGACUGAAAUGGAUGAGGAACCGUAUGAUGGACCUUACACAGCUUCAGUGGAAGACAGUAGAAGCUUUGCUGCCACUUUGGACAUUCUCCGUAGUGCAAAGAAUAUUGACUUGAUUGUGAACAAUCCCAAUGGUGAGGAACAGAUAGGAGCUUGCAAGGGUGUCAGGAACGGCGAUGGAGACUUUAGGAAUGAUGCAACGAAAGAAAGUGACACUGAUUCAGAUUCCGAUCUGGGAGCAGUAGGUGGUGCUGACUGUCCUUUUCCAGUAGACCCCGAAGACGAAGGAGAUGAUUGGUUGGAGACCAGUGGAUGCGGUGAAUCUUCUGAAGAAGAAUGCGAGGUGAAUGGUGGGAUAGAACUCAAUGAACUUCAUGAUGAAGGGGAUGUUGACAACCAGGUCAGUCUUGAAAGGAUCAAUGGUUCUUCAAAUGUUAGGCAGGUUUUACCAGAUCAUUCCAUACCUGUUUUAGUAGAGGAUCCAGAAAUGGCCCACUUGCCCCAACUACCUCUUCCUUUGCCUAUCCCUCUGCCUAACCUGAUGCACAACAAUGUUCUGCACCAUUUGCCUUUUAGAAUUGAGGAUCGAUGGCUGGAGCGCAAGUUGGAGAAUCUCCAGGUACUCAGGGGCAUGAAUUUGUUUACAAUCAACGGUCGAAGGUCUCUAUUAUCCAACCCCUAUUUAUUCAAAGUCAAGAUGGAGGACAAGGCGGUGGACACGUCGGACCUUGACGUGGCAGAUGAUCCAAUGGGUCUCCACGGCAUUGACCUCAUCACUGCUGCCUUGCUCUUUUGUUUGGGGGACUCACCCGGAGGUAGGGGCAUCUCGGACAGCCGCUUUGUAGACAGGUAUCGCAUUGACUUUGGCACACAGACCUUCUCCUUCCCUUCUGCCAUACUGGCUACCAGCACCAUGGUAGGGGACAUUGCCUCAGCAUCUGCCUGCGACCACGCCAGUCCACAACUCUCCAACCCCAGUCCAUUCCACACCCUCAGAUUAGACCUUGUUCUGGAGUGUGUGGCUCGCUAUCAGACCAAACAGCGCUCAAUGUUCACCUUUGUGUGCGGACAGCUGUUUCGCAGGGAUGAAUUUUCCUCCCACUUUAAGAAUGUCCAUGGGGACAUCCAUGCUGGCCUUAAUGGUUGGAUGGAGCAAAGGUGCCCGUUGGCAUAUUAUGGAUGCACCUACUCGCAAAGAAGGUUCUGCCCUUCGGUACAGGGUUUCAGAAUAAUCCAUGACCGACACCUGGGCUCAUUUGGAGUGCAACCUGGGUUAGUAGCUUGUCCUGAUGAGCCUCUAUCCAGAACUGACACCUGUCAGUUUAGGUCCCACUGUGACCACCUUAGUGACCUGCCCUUUGAGUUACUCCAGCACAUUGCGAGCUUCCUGGACGGCUUUAGCCUGUGCCAACUCUCCAGAGUGUCUUGCAGUAUGAGGAACGUGUGUGCCAGUCUUCUUAAAUCCCGUGGCAUGGUGGUCCUGCUCUGGGGGAAGAUAAAGCGAGCUGAUGGAUCCUCAUCCUGGCAGAUACAAGACAAGGUGUGGCGGUUCAGUACUGCGUUUGACACUGUGAACGAGUGGAAGUUUGCCAACAUUUCCAGCAUGGCCGACCACCUCAAGACGUGCAAGUUUAACACGAUAUCACGGAGGGAAGAAGCAGUCCCACUCCCGUGCAUGAGUUUCACAAGAGAACUUACUAAAGAGGGACGCUCUCUACGUUCAGUGCUUAAACCGGUGAUAUAGACUGUAGAAGAUGCAGAAUGCAGAAGAGGAAUUCAUUUUAUAAUACAACAUGCCUUAUGUGUUUUGGUGAACAGCAACAUAAUCAUUAAAACGAGCCUCAACUUAAUAAACCACUUUUGGAAGUGAUGAAUUUUUUAACAAUAUCUACCUGUUGUAUUGAUGAUGGUUGUGCUGUCUUUUUUUUCUUUCUUUUUUACAAAUUCAUUGCUUUUGUUGAGAUAUGUAGCUGCAAACCAGAAACACUGAAUUGUUGAAUGGUGAUGACCAAAUGGAAAACCAUUGUGUGCAUUUUUGUAAAGCAAGAAUACAAGAUGCAUGUGUUUCUAUCAUGUAGAUCAGUGAUUCUCAACUGGUUUUAUUUUGGACCCAGAUUUACAUUGUACAUGAAAUGGUGACUGUACACAAUAUCAGGCAUAACCCAUAUUUACUGUUGCCUUGAAUUUCAAGCAAACAGUCCAUUUUGGCAUUUAAUUUGACAGAUAAAUUUGCUCCAAAAUACAGUUUGAUUGGAUAUCAAGCAUAAGAUACGGGAAGUGUUCUCCCUUUAUUUUUUUUCACUAUCCUACCUAUGCUUGACUAUAUGGUUAGUUGCAUUUGAUUAUAAGCAUUUUCCCCCUUCUGUCACAGAACAGAUCUGCAAACCACCAUUUGAGAACUUUAAUCUUUAAUCUCCUGAUUUCUCUCUCAUAGAUUUAAGAGUCUAUAAAGACAGUCUUAGACAUUUUUCCUUUUAAUCAGUCAGGCAGAACUAAUACAUUACAAUAAUUUCUCUGAGAAGCACUGAAGGUAUUGAGUUUUUGAUACCGUCACACAUGACACUUCCAGUGGUCAUCCUCUGUGUCUUUUGAAAAGUAAACAAACAUAUGUAAAUGUGCUUGAUCUAUGUUGAUGGCAUGUGCUGACUGACAAAUUACAUUUUACAAUCUUCCUGAUUGUGAGUCGCUGCACAAAACCUGCAGGACAGGUACAAGACUGCAGUUGUAGCCUGUCAGGAUUCUUUGAUUGCACACAGUGCAUGUGCAGAUGUACUUUUUUGUGUCUCAGGGGUUUAACAUGAAGCAUAUGCCAUUAUAGACAGUUUAUCUGUGAGAAACUUGAUUUUAGCUUGUGAUUCUUCCACUUUUAUUUGUUAACAAAGUCAAGACAGUUUACAGUUCAGUUUACUGUAUCUUUUCAGGUGUGCCGUUACAAUGUUUUAGUUUGUUAACAUUCUGAAAUGUUGCAAUAUUUUCAUCUGGAGAGAAAGCAAUUAUCUCAACCUUGUUUUUAGGUUAAGCUGAGAUUUUUUGUAAGGAAUUAGCUGUGUGAUGUUUUACUCCAUGUGCUUUCUACAAAUCAUGAGUAUGACGGUCCUUAUAUUUGUGUUGAGUGAUGAAAAUAGGAGUUUCUGAAUAAUCUACUUCAAGCAUCUUUGAAAAACUGAAGAGUCAUAAAAUGCUUAUUUUUAAAGACAUUAUCAGAUUUGACAUCAGUUGAUGUGCACCAUGUUGUUGUUGUUUUUUCUAAAAUUAUUUUUUCCCCAAAGGAACAAAAUGCAUUCAUAAAUUGCGUAAACAGUGGGGAGCCAUUUUUUGUUUUUUAAAGAAUUGUUUGCAUUUAUUUAAAUAUAUUUACUCAAGGUUUUCCAGACAUAUAUUAUUGUAUGAGGGGACUCAGGUAUUUAAAGAAGAGUUGUGCAUAAGAUUUGGUUGGUUUAUUUACAUUUAUGUGGUUUUCAUUGUAUUUUUAUUUUGAAAGUUAGUGUACAGUCAGUUCGCUCUCAUCUCCAAACCAUGUCACUUUUGUAAUACAGUUUUCAUAUUUGUGAUCUUUGUGGUUUCAUAGGACUUCAUGCAUGUCUCAACCCCCCCAUUUUCUAUUGUAAAUAGUUAAAAACUUUGUCUGUCUUGGUUAACUUAGAGUUGUUUCAUUUGUAUCAUCAUUUGCAUUUUUUAAAUAUUAUUUAAUAAAGUGUGAAGAAAU